AUGACGCUGACGGUGCGGCGCCGUGCGGUGUGCGCGUUGGCGCUCCUCGCGCUGCUCUGCGGCUGCUGCGCCUCGUUUGUCUGCGGGGCGACGGGGAGUGAGCCGUCCACAGUGCCGGUGCAGUUGGCGUGUAAGCGGGAAGGCGAACUUUUUCUUUGGCGCUUUCCCGGCGAGGGCAACUGGACGCCGUGUACGAAAGAUGUGCGGAGGGGAAGAUUCCUUGAGUGUUCGGCCUUGUGCCAUGACGUCGAAGAGCAGUACCAGGAUUGGGAGUGUGCCACGGCGUGUGCUGGUGCCAACGAGGACGCUGUUGCGUUCACGAUGAAUUUUCAGCGUGAUCAGGGAAAGAGCGGGUUUUGCAGGGACUGGCCGGCGUCAAGCACUGCCGCCGUCGCCCUCUCCGAGACGCCAGACAUUUGCCAGCCACCGUCCGCGGGGCCGGUGUUGCCUGAAGUCGCCGCCGCCGGAAAAACUCUUCGUGGUGACGAAGCGCAGCCGCCAGCGGCACCUGCAGCGGGCACCCCGGCGGCCGAUGGUGCGGGCGGCGCUGAAAAGCGCACAGACGCAGCCGCCAAAGUCGGGAGCCCGGACUCUUCCAGCCCCCCGCCCACGGACCCUGCGCCCGAGGGAGGGAGCGGUGGCCCGGCCGCCCCCCGGGACUGGACCACGUUUAUCAGCGACGCCGAAAUGAUGUUGCGGAAGAGUGCAGAUGGUGGCGUCGUUGUGCGUGGGACUGCAGCUCCCUUGCUGCUGCUGCCGCUGCUGCUGGGGGAUGUGGGGCGCCGGGGCGCUUGCCUGAGCGGCAGAAUGCAGCGGGGGUUGAGAGGCCGAAGAGGAACACACGCACGCGUGGGACCCAAAAAAAAAUUCAUCGCUGUCCGUGAGGACUUUCUUUUUUGUUGUGCUCAAUCAGUUUUUUUUCUUUUUUUUCUUUUUCCACGGGUGCGUAGGCCCUACGUUCGGGGCCGGGCUUACAUGCACCCUUCUCUUUUCCCCGUUCUUUUGCUUGCGCGGCCCGCGAAGGGCCCUUGA